AUGAAAAAUGUCGUGUCAUGUGAUGAUGGUAUGAUGGAUAUAUACCGUAUUCGGCAGUUGUGUCUGGAAGAGAAAGAGGAUUGCAAGGAAGGUUUAAAUGGAAUUCUGAAAUCGCUAGAAGUACAUCCACCGACGUGGCCUGAGAAUGUUGCAUGUCUUAUUAGAGGUGCUCAGAAGCUUCAAGAUGAUUCGCAGUUGCGAGUUCCAAUUGCAAGAGAUUCAUAUUUGAAUUGCAAAAUUACUUCCGAAGAAUAUAAUACUGAUGAUUUACCUUGGCAGAAUGGGUGUAGCGUUGCAGGAGCCCUUAAUGAAAGAUAUCGAGGCCGUGUAGUCAGUGUUUCUAAUCUUACGAGUUUGGAAAUCCAGAAGCCAAAGCAAGAAAUUGUGGUGGAUUUGGAACAUGAUGCCGAAAUAUGUUACGAACCAGGCGAUGCGUUUUAUUUCGUUGUGCCGAAUACUCGGGAAGAAGUGGAUUUCAUUUUAGAAAGGAUAGGAUUUUUAGAGGCAGCAGAUCGGAAAUUAGUUGUAACUGUUAAAUCUCAAAAUGCAGUGAAAAAUACAGCCAUACCACCGUAUAUACCAGAAGUUUCUACUCUAAGAUACAUUUUCACGUGGUGUCUUGAUAUCAGGCGAUCGCCAGGCCGACCUCUUCUUCGUGUACUUGCGGAAUGUACAGAAAGCGAGUAUCAAAAAAGACGCAUUCUGGAACUGUGUAGUGCUCAAGGAGUUGAAGAAUUCACAAAAUUUGUUCGUCAGGCUGGUCUUUCGUUGGUUGAUUUUCUGCUAAACUUUCCUUCAUGUAGACCUACCGUUGAACGUUUGAUUGAACUGCUGCCUCGUUUGCUUCCGCGACCAUACAGUGUCAGUUGUAUCAGGGAACUUUGGGGAAAACGUAUACGUUUCAUUUUUUCACUAUUGCACUUUACUGCCACUGAAGGCCGCUGUUUCCAUCGUUUUGGUUUAUCAUCGGGAUGGCUAUCAACGCUGAAAAAAGGACAACAAGUUGUGAUGCUUCUGAAAGAAUCGUCUCGUUUCCGUUUACCUCCACCGGUGCAUUCUUCUUUUGAUCUUGCACGUACGCCGCUUAUCAUGGUCUGUACAGGGACUGCACUAGCACCAUUUUUAUCUUUCCUACAAAAGUUAGCUUUCUUGGAAGCCGAGAAAUACAAAGUGCGACGAGAAUUGUAUUUUGGAAUUCGAAAUGUUAAGAACGAUUGCAUUCAUUAUGAGGAUAUUAUGCGAUCUGUAGACGAGAACAUCCUUUCACACGUAUCUCUUUGCGAAUCGCAGCCAUAUAAUGAUAUCUCUAGUAAAAAGUACGUGCAAGACGCCCUGCAGGAACGCGGUGGAAAAAUUUCGGAUAUACUAUCACGGAAAAAUAAAGACGAAAAUCAUCCUGCAAUCAUUUUUGUAUGUGGCUCCUCGAAGCAAAUGUUGAAACAUGUGGCAGAUGUCUUUGUACACAUUUUCAGCGAAUUUCUAAGUAAAAGUAAAGAGGAAGCAGAAUCAUAUCUCAGAGAACUGCGAACAAAUGAUCGAUAUGUGGAGGAUAUUUGGUGA